UCUUAUCCAUUAUGUCAUGCGCCGAUGGCUUCGUCCAUUCCGUCGUGUGCCGGCGGCCGCCGUGCCUCGCAAGGGAGGAUGGAGGACGCUCGCCGGGACUAUGUAGGAUGUUCGUCGGGGCGAAUGCAGCGGAGACGGCGCGGCGAGGUGGGGUCGUGGUGGUGCUUGUCCGGCCGUCGUGCCUCUCGCGGGAGGAUGGGCGACGCUCGUUGGGGCGUGUGCGGCAAACACGGCUUCUGGCGCAUGUCGAGGUGGAGCAGCGGCAUUGGUUGUCGGCCAACAUGAGGAGGCAAAGGCGGCCAAGGCAAUGAGGCACCGCGUCGGCUAGCGAAGUGGCGGCCAGAGCAGACGACGACGGGAAGGCAAGGAGGCACGGGCGUCGGAUAUUCAAGGGGCGGCCGGAGGAUAGGACGACGAGAGAAAAUCGACCAUGGAUGCGGAGGUGUUUGCAUCAGGUAGGAGCAGAGGCGACAACGGAGUGGAUUGGGCUUCAGCACUCGCACUGCUGGUGAAGAGAGAGCAUGCCCGGAGGAGGAAGGAUAAAUCAAUUGAGUCCCGACCCGGAUUGGAGUUCGCUGCUAUAAGAAGGAAGUGUUCUUGGCCGGAAUCUCCAUCAGAAAAAACAUCAAAUCCCAGAAUUCUUGGUCUAGAGAAGCAUCAUGUCGCCUUUGAGUUCGCUGGAGGAAGAAGCACCGAGUUCACCAGAGGUAGAAGAACGUUUGUCGAGCCAACCAAUAUCGCCAACGGUGGCUACACCAGAGGCAUAAUUGAUUCCUCAUCGACACUAGCAAAUUCUGCCGCGAAUGAAUUAAAUAUGGGCGCAUGAUUGCUCACAUUGAUAUCAUCCAUGUUGACGUCAACAUUGUCUUCUGGUAUUAAGGAUCCUCUCUCAAUGAUGCUUUCAUCUCAUCUAGUACCUCCUUACUUUUUCUUUUAUCACAUCCGGAUGGAUACUUUCUACCUGAACCCGAUAUGACGGUGCUAAAAUUGAAAGUAAAAUAUUAGAUUAAUUACAGAAGAUUUGAAUCUAAUACAAUGACAAAAUCUGCUAGGGCAUAGUAUAGUACCUUCUCUCUGUAGUCUAAUUUAGCUAUGUGUGCGCAAUGAUUUGAUCACCUGAAAACAGAUCCCUAUUGACAAGGUCGAUCGAUCGAUCGGAAAUCGGGAUUAGAAAAAGAAAGAAACAAGAAGAACAGGCGAGGGCAGAAGGCGUGCGAGAGAGGUACCUGCCGCGGUCAUCGCGUCGGUUGUCAGGAGGUAGAGUUCAGAUCUUGAACACGAUUAGACGAACAGAGGUCAGGGGACAUGCAAAAGAGCAGGGAACGAGAUGACCAAACGAUCCGAAAGAAAAGAAAAUCCUGCGUGAAUCGAGCGAUUCCUUUCCUAUGCACGUCUCUGCCUGUACGUGCAAGCAUGGGCCAGGCCCGUCAUCUCUCCUUUUCUUUCCUAGGCCUAGCACGUGAGGCUGAGGCGUCGCUGAGUUAAUUUGGUUCAGUUUUUCUUCGCUCGAGGUAUAUACCUGUAUUGUACCCUACGUACACAUACCUGUGAGGGGCCCCCUGACUUUCGGGGGCCCGGGGCGGCCGCCCCGUUUGCCCCCCCUCAGGGCCGGCCCUGUAGCUAACUGAGUACCCUUAGUCAGUCCCUCAAGCUUUUGUGUGUUUAGAGAUUUAUUUAGAGAUGGUAACUGAGCACUAGGCUGUUAUCUGUGCUGUUUGAUUCUUUCCAUGCACUGUGGCUGGACAUGAUGUUGGUAAAUACACUAGAGAUCAUGGGCUGAGACAAUACAAUAGAGAUCAUGUCGAGGCUGGAAAAUUUGCUGAACUUGUGGUGCCUGUGUUCCUUCUCACAGUAGUUGUUUUAUGUGGUGAAAGUUUUAGAGGCCAAAUAACAGUUAUAUUGUUCCAGGAUUUUCAGUCCAAGCAAUUUUAUGUCUUGCAAGAAUUAUGUGGUUAAUAUUUCUGCAGAGUUUACAAACAAGAGUGAAACCAAUAAUGAUGAGUGAUGAUUACGGUAUGAUUGUUGGAUCAAUAAUUCAUAGCAAGGAAGCUAUUUUACUGGAAAAAGUAAAUCCAGUAUUAAACUUAGUAAAUCGUUGGGUGGAUCAGAUUAGAUGUGGCUUAAACCUUCGCCGCUCCCUGCCAUUUAGUAUCGGCCGGAGUCUGUUUGGGCUAACCAAUGUGGAGCAGAGUGGCAAUGGAGAUACCCAGUCUCACAUGCUUUAUUCUUCUUCAUGUAGUAUAACAGAGCUUGGUUGUAGCUAACUGCGCCCUCAGUCAGUCCCUCAACUUUUUGUGUCUUCAGAGAUUUAUUUAUAGAUGGUAAAAUAAAGAUCUUGAUGUAUCGACGGUUUGCGGUCAUGGGGCUGUUCUGUUACAGUUCAGGAUACUCAGUUUCCUCCUGCUGGUAUCAUCAUCUCCCUGUAAUGUGAUGUAGCACAGUACUAUGCACUUCAGCACUAAGCCAAGAACCUAAGCUAGCUUACUUGUGGGUCCGCUCCAGAUUUUGUCGAUUGUAUUUGUGUAUAAUUCGUGAGGGGUUAUAGAGAGUCAAUUAACAAGUCAAUUAAUACGAACAUGUUUGUCUCUACUGUCCUAUGAACAUACUCGCUAUAAGAACACUAAUUACAAGAAUAUGACGA